GGGCUUUCAACUGAACGGACGGACUGCGCCCAGCGAGGGUCGCCACGAAACUAUCUGACGUGCGAGUUGCGAUCCCACGCGAGUGUCCACCACGAAAUGUUACUCGGCGCGUUGUCGUUAUCCUUGCCGCUGUCAUUUGCCGGAUUUUGGCAGACCUCGCCAAAGUUGUGAGCGAGUGAAAGUUUUGUGCAUUUGUCGUGAGGCGACUUCGGUUCACCAUUACUCUUGCAUUCGCAUUUGCGUGCUUAAUUUGAAAAGGAAAGUAAGGUAAAGGAUUUCGCACAGCCAUGGUUGAGCCACACUGGCUGCCACGCCCACAACGCCGCUUCCGCCCACGGCCGGAGGUUAAUGUCCGGCAGUUGGCCAUCGCGAUAAUAGCCACUGCCGCGGUUACCAUGCUGAUGACAGCCACGCCCACUCUCGCCGAAAUCCCCACAAAAGGCAAACACACGCGACUGGACAGCCAGCAGACGGCACAGGAUGAUUCGGACUUUCCGCGAUUCGCGGAACCCAUUGCCAAUGUCACCGUCUCCGUGGGAAGAGAUGCCUUGAUGGCCUGCGUGGUGGAGAACCUCAAGGGCUAUAAGGUGGCCUGGGUGCGGGUGGAUACGCAGACGAUCCUAUCCAUUCACCAUAACGUCAUCUCGCAGAACAGCCGCAUCAGCCUGACCUACAAUGACCAUCGUUCGUGGUAUUUGCACAUCAAGGAGGUGGAGGAGUCGGAUCGCGGUUGGUACAUGUGCCAAGUAAACACGGAUCCCAUGCGCUCCAGGAAGGGCUACUUGCAGGUGGUGGUGCCCCCGAUGAUUGUCGAGGGCCUGACCAGCAACGAUAUGGUGGUGCGCGAGGGUCAGAAUGUCUCGCUGGUCUGCAAGGCACGUGGCUAUCCGGAGCCCUACGUCAUGUGGCGUCGCGAGGACGGCGAGGAGAUGCUAAUUGGCGGGGAGCACGUCAACGUGGUCGACGGCGAGCUGCUGCACAUCACCAAAGUGAGUCGCCUGCACAUGGCCGCGUAUCUGUGCGUCGCCUCCAACGGAGUCCCGCCAUCGAUUAGCAAGCGGGUCCACCUGCGUGUGCAAUUUCCGCCAAUGCUCUCCAUUCCGAACCAGCUGGAGGGAGCUUAUCUGGGUCAAGAUGUUAUUCUCGAGUGCCACACCGAGGCCUAUCCAGCAUCCAUUAACUAUUGGACUACGGAGCGUGGUGAUAUGAUCAUAUCGGACACCUCGAGAGCUGGCGAUAAAUACGAGACCACAUCAACCGUCAGCGGUUACACAAAAUACAUGAAGUUAAAAAUCCGUGCCGUUGGUCCCAACGAUUUUGGCACAUAUCGCUGUGUGGCGAAGAACUCGCUGGGCGAAACCGAUGGAAAUAUAAAGCUGGACGAAAUGCCAACACCAACAACGGCCAUUAUUUCAGAGAUGUCCUUGCUCAACCGCAGCUAUGAUGGCAAGAGACGUCAUAGAAAUAAAUUUGAGUCGGCUAACGCUUUGCCUGAUUAUGGGGUUGAGGAGUGGCGUGACGGUGCCCAAGGCAACCAUGGUGGGAACAAUGGCGAUAGCAAUCAAACGCCCGUGCGUAAUCCCCCCGGAGCAUUUCACAAUUCUGCAGGCUCACUGGCGCAGCAUAAUCUACUUGCUAAAAUAAUGCUCGGCAUUAAAACGCAAUCAUUUGGGAUUUUCAAACGUUUAUCGAGUUCUUUGCCAUCGGCGGUGGCCCAGGGCUUUCUCUGGCUGUCGACGUUAUCGCCGGUCGCGCCAAGUCGGUGGCGUAUGAGUAAUAUGGAAAGCCGGCCGAAUUCACCGGAGACCGUUGUCAACAACGAUACCGCCGCUGGAUGCUGGACGGAGGAGAGGAGUCAGGGCGGGGAGACCAGCAGCAACAACAGCAACAACUUCAUUACCAACAGCCCACCAAUGUGGGCGGGGCAAUUGCGCAUAUUUCACAUUGCUCAUACGCCGUGUGGCGCGUCAACGCAGCACUCGAAACACGAACGCCUAUGGCAAUCGCUGUGGAAGUGGAAGUGGCAACGUCAAUGGCAGUGGCAGUGGCAGUGGCCAAUGCUCAUUUGCAUAGUAAUAUUGGCUGGCUGUUUUGUUCGGUGGCUGCCAGUGCUACUGCAUUUUAUCGGCCGCCACAUCGGAACAUUUUCUAUUAGCGCGACGCAUAGGCAACAUUUAAUGUGCACAUUUUGGGCCAUCGGUGGUAAUAAGGUUGUCGCCAAAAACACCUCCCCAGCCAGGCCAAGCACCCUCGAAAUGUUGAGCCCUCGGAAAUUUUCGAGAUGAAAUCAAAUAAUUGCAAAUGGCAAGAAAGAAACUCAUUUAGGGCACAAGCAGCUUGAAGAACAGAAUCAAACCUUGGCCAGACGAGGACCAGGAUAAGGAAGUGAGGCGAAAGAGAAGCAGUCCAGACAUAGCUGCACCGGUAGAGUCAGAUAUAGAUAUGUUUAUACUAGAGCGUAAAAUGAAAAUCAUGUUAAGGACGAGCUGGCCAAGAGCGACAGCUGAUGUGCAGGAAAUAAUGGUAGCUACAUCCGGCAUCCUGCAAUCGAUGGAGCUCCAGUGUUUAUCGAAAGUCAAACAAAAUUUAAUGUACCUAUUUGUAUCAAAAUUAAUGUCGUUAAAUACAAAUCAUUUUUCAUUACAAAAAUGUAUUGGAAACAUUUUUUUUUGUUUUUAUGACCUUUGAAUGUAAAAAUAUAAUUAUUAAUGCCAUUACCAUUUUGAUUGAGAAUUAAAAGAAAGAGAUGUAUGUUUAAUUUGUUAUACUUUCAAAACAAUUAAAUAGUAUUCUUAAGGUUUACGUUCAGAACACACACACAUUCGAAGCCACAGCAGAAUACAAAAUGUUGCAUUAUGUAAAAACCAUAAUAGAUCCAAUUAAAUGGAAAUAAAUUAAUUAUAGAUCACAAAAAAAUGCAAAAGAGGAAUGGCAAAAAAGUGAAAAACGGUUAAUCAAAUUUGCAUUUAGAUGAAAGUAUUUACGCAUACUCAUACAUAGCGAAUUUACAUAGUAAAUUUAGCAUAAUUAUAAAACAAAGCAAAAAAGAUAAAAAGAAAAAUGUGAACCACAACAUAGCAAAGCAAAAAAGUGUUGAUAUAAGUAAUUUAUUGGAUAUAAAGUUGAAUCUAAAAAUACAAUUGAAACAGUUUGGCCAUUUUUUGUCAAAGAAAAAUUAUGCUGUUAACAAUAUAGGCUUAUUCAAUUAAUUUGAUUUGUACUGCAUUUAAUUUAUAUAAUUUAAAGAUAUUAAUGAGCAAACCAAACAUGUAAUAAUUAAUAUGUUUCAUGAAUACCACAUUGAUUUACAUUUUUUUCUUUUAUUAUUUAUCUUGUUGUUGACAAUUUAAUUAGAUCAUUUUUAUACUCCCCUUAAAUGUAAAUAUCUCAAUAGUAUAAGCAUAAAAGAGUAUUAAAUGAAUUUAAAGAAACUACGCUGUACAUAUGAAAGAAAACUACGUAUAUGUAAACCUAUAAAUGUUUAUUUCUCUCUAAGGCUAUGUGGCCCUAUUGAAAAAAUUAAAUAAUUAAUACAAAGCUAUUAAUGUGCUUCAGUUUGCAUUUGUAAAUAAAUCUACCACAUUAAUCUACACAAGUUGAAAUCAAUGUUAACGCGUUAAUUAAAUAAAAUAUAUAUCUAUAUGUAGGACUAACAAAAAGGAAACGCAACCAAAUUCUGCAGUUAUGAAAUGAGACCUAUUUAUUUAAGCCUACUUAAGAAGCUCAGAAAAACUAAAUAUAAUGUCGGAAUAUUAUACAUAACACCUAAGAUAGCUAUAACAAAUAAAUAUAUGUAUUGAGCUCUAUAUAUGUGAAUAAGUGGCAUAUCUAUGUGACAUAUGUGUAUGUAAAUGUACGCAAAAGUUUGCAGCAAAAAUAAAACCAAAAAAACAAGCCCA